GCUGCGGCGCGGGCCCCGCGGAGCCCAGGCGGUGGCGGGUGCUUCCGGCCAAGGGCCCUGGCGGCCGCCGCGCCCCUGCUGCUCUCAAGUUUCCCGUUGGCCGCGCGGUCCGGGCGCUUCAGGUAGCCCCUCGGCUCUCUCUGCUCCGCUCCGCGCCCAGGUAGGGCACCGACGGGGGCUGCACGCGGCUGGCCGGCUUCCUCCCUGCGGAGCCGGCCCUCCCUCCUCCCGCGGGGCCCUCCCGGCUGGGGAUCCGCAGCGCUGCGCCCUCUGAACGCCCGGCCCCCUCGCCUGCUGCGGGGCGCGGCCUGGCCGGGCCCCGGCCCCGGCUGGCCUCACUGCCCGGCAGCCCCGCUUCGCCCUGCCCAGAGCGUCCCCUUUGCUCCAGCCCUGCGGCCGUCCCCUUCGGCCGGCGGCAUGGCCCUGUCCUCCGAACCCGCCGAGAUGCCGCGGCAGUUUCCCAAGCUGAACAUCUCUGAAGUGGAUGAGCAAGUCCGGCUCCUGGCGGAGAAGGUGUUUGCUAAAGUGCUUCGAGAAGAGGACAGCAAAGAUGCCCUGUCCCUGUUCACUGUCCCAGAGGACUGCCCCAUCGGGCAAAAGGAAGCCAAGGAGAGGGAGCUGCAGAAGGAGUUGGCAGAGCAGAAGUCUGUGGAGACUGCAAAAAGAAAGAAAAGUUUCAAGAUGAUUCGGUCCCAGUCCCUGUCUCUGCAAAUGCCGACACAGCAAGAUUGGAAAGGCCCCCCGGCAGCCAGUCCGGCCAUGUCUCCCACAACCCCUGUGGUCACUGGAGCCACUUCCCUGCCCACACCAGCACCCUAUGCCAUGCCUGAGUUCCAGCGGGUCACCAUCAGCGGAGAUUACUGUGCCGGGAUCACUUUGGAGGACUAUGAGCAGGCAGCCAAGAGCCUGGCUAAGGCCCUAAUGAUCCGGGAGAAGUAUGCGCGGCUCGCCUACCACCGCUUCCCGCGGAUCACAUCCCAGUACCUGGGUCAUCCGCGGGCGGAUACUGCACCUCCGGAAGAGGGCCUUCCAGAUUUCCACCCUCCUCCACUGCCCCAGGAAGACCCCUACUGCCUGGAUGAUGCACCCCCCAACCUGGAUUACUUGGUCCACAUGCAGGGGGGCAUCCUCUUCGUGUAUGAUAACAAGAAGAUGCUGGAGCGCCAGGAGCCACACAGCCUACCCUACCCCGACCUGGAGACCUACACGGUGGACAUGAGCCACAUCCUGGCUCUCAUCACCGAUGGCCCCACGAAAACCUAUUGUCACCGACGACUGAACUUUCUGGAAUCCAAGUUCAGCCUUCAUGAGAUGUUAAACGAAAUGUCCGAGUUCAAAGAGUUGAAGAGUAACCCCCACCGGGACUUCUAUAACGUGAGAAAGGUGGACACGCACAUCCAUGCGGCUGCCUGCAUGAACCAAAAGCAUCUGCUGCGCUUCAUCAAGCACACAUACCAGACGGAGCCUGACAGGACUGUGGCGGAGAAGCGGGGCCGGAAGAUCACCCUGCGGCAGGUGUUUGACAGCCUGCACAUGGACCCCUACGACCUCACUGUGGACUCACUGGAUGUCCAUGCGGGCCGGCAGACAUUCCACCGCUUUGACAAGUUCAACUCCAAAUACAACCCUGUGGGGGCCAGUGAGCUGCGCGACCUGUAUUUGAAAACUGAAAACUAUCUGGGAGGAGAGUACUUUGCUCGGAUGGUCAAGGAGGUUGCCCGGGAGCUGGAGGAGAGCAAGUACCAGUACUCAGAGCCACGGCUCUCCAUCUACGGCCGCAGUCCUGAGGAGUGGCCCAACCUGGCCCGCUGGUUCAUCCAGCACAAGGUCUACUCUCCCAACAUGCGCUGGAUCAUCCAGGUGCCCCGGAUCUAUGACAUAUUUAGGUCAAAGAAGCUGCUGCCAAACUUUGGGAAGAUGCUGGAGAACAUCUUCCUGCCCCUUUUCAAGGCCACUAUCAACCCCCAAGAUCAUCGAGAGCUUCACCUCUUCCUUAAAUAUGUGACGGGGUUUGACAGCGUGGAUGAUGAGUCCAAGCACAGCGACCACAUGUUUUCCGACAAGAGCCCGAACCCAGACGUCUGGACCAGUGAGCAGAACCCACCCUACAGCUACUACCUGUACUACAUGUAUGCCAACAUCAUGGUGCUCAACAACCUCCGCAGGGAGCGUGGCCUGAGCACGUUCCUGUUCCGGCCGCACUGUGGGGAGGCCGGCUCCAUCACCCACCUGGUGUCUGCCUUCCUCACUGCUGACAACAUUUCCCACGGGCUGCUCCUCAAGAAGAGUCCGGUAUUGCAGUAUCUUUACUACCUUGCUCAGAUCCCCAUUGCCAUGUCUCCUCUUAGCAACAACAGUUUGUUUCUCGAAUAUUCCAAGAACCCUCUGAGGGAAUUCCUGCACAAGGGACUGCAUGUUUCUCUUUCCACCGAUGACCCCAUGCAGUUCCACUACACGAAGGAAGCUCUUAUGGAAGAAUAUGCCAUUGCAGCUCAAGUGUGGAAGCUGAGCACCUGCGACCUGUGUGAGAUCGCCAGGAACAGCGUGCUGCAGAGCGGCCUCUCGCAUCAGGAAAAGCAAAAGUUUCUGGGACAAAAUUAUUACAAAGAAGGACCUGAAGGAAACGAUAUUCGAAAGACAAAUGUGGCUCAGAUCCGGAUGGCAUUCCGAUAUGAGACCUUAUGCAAUGAGCUCAGCUUCCUGUCUGAUGCUAUGAAAUCAGAAGAGAUCACCGCCUUGAUCAAAUAGGUCCAGCAUUUGACAUGCAUUUUAACUUUUUGGUUCAAUUUCAAGUCUGCUGUGGCUAAAUAGUGGUCAAGAUUCCAAACCAGGACUUUCCUCUGUGAAGAGGAUGCCUCUGAAGAAAUUUUAAACUGGUGAUUUUGGUUGGUUUAAUUUUCCAAGUAUUUCUCUUGAAACUGCCAGUGCCUGAACUGUUGGGGCCAGGGUUUUCCCUGGUCAGAUGCCAAGUAACAUGGGGUUUUCUGCCAUACUUUUCUCCAUUGGCCCAGGUUGGCUAAUUGGUAGUUUUUCAUUUCAGCCUCUGGAUGGCUGGCUGCCUUAAACACAAUCAAUUUCAAAGUUCCAUUUCAUAAAGGGGCUACUUUGAAGGAGUUAAGAUGGAAGACUUCCUUCUUGACAAUUUGUGUUUUUAAUGAAUUUCUUAAACUGUUUUAUUUAGCCCUCCUCCCCCCUUUCUAGUUGGAAGCCAAAUGUACUCAUGAAAACAGCCACUCCUAUUCUGAGUCUUGGUUUCUUCACCUAGAAAGUGAGGCUUUGGACUAGAUGAGUGGCUUUCAGGGUGUUCUGUGAAUCUCUUCAUGAAUACUUUAGGGUGGGGGAGGGAAGGGAGUGAGUGAUGCUCAGGGGCUGUCAAAGUGACUCUGCGUUCAUCAGUUUUACACUGGGGCUGCUACAUAAUAUUUUCAUUUGAAUGAAGAACUUUUAAAAGCACAGGACUAGAUGAUCUCUGUUCCUUUUGGCUCUAAUAUGCUACAACUGUAGGCCAACUAUCACUUUACCAAUUAAGAGGCCAGAUAAGUGAAAUUUAACUUAAGGUCACACAGCUAAUAAGUAAUAGGCCUACAACUGGAUUUCCUUAUUCCAAAUCUUGUCUUUUCCCCACUAUUCCAUUAGACCCCACAAAUGUUAGGGGUGUGUGUGUGUGUGUGUGUGUGUUUUAAUCACUGUAACUGGGCGCAUUUUUUUUAAGGCAAAAUUUCUCCCUUAUCUACUAUGAUGACUUCAGAAGAUACAAUGGUCCCAGGGGCCAGGUAGAAAGCAUUUUUAAAGACCAAUCUGAAUUAAGCUUUAUCAGUGUACUCUUUAUCUGUGUUACUAGUGCCUGGUAUGUAGUAGGUGCUCAAUAAAUGAAUAUUGAAUAACUAA